ACUGACACCACUUCCACAAUCCGCAGUCUUUAGGCAAAAUCUCAUACCAGGGCUUACUUGUCCUCCGCCAACUACUUCCUCAAGUACUGUACGGAGCUUCUGACACCAGCAGCUUUCUCGUACUGCGGAGCUUCACUUCACAGUUUUAUGAACUAAAAGCCAUUUAGACACCGGCUCCGCCUUUACCGUGGAUCGUUUUGCAGCUGGAACUUCUCACAAAACCGAUUUCAUUUAAUAAGUUCCUUCAUUAACUCCCAGCCAUUUAUUUGCUAUUUAUCUGUCGGAUUUAAGUAUUCGGGUUGAUUUUUGAGCACACAGCCUCUUCCUACAAAAACUGUAAUUUGGUGCUUAUAUAUCAGUCGGUUUUCGCUUGUCGAUUGGUUAUUCCAUUUACUAUUUCUCUCUUUUUCUUUCUUUUUGGUUGAUAAUUACUGGAUUUCAUUUUCCUUUUCUUCUUCGAUAAUAUGAACUAUAUUCGUCUAAUUUUUCUUGCAUCCGUGAGUUUUCUCGUCGGCUUGCUCGUGUUCGGAACUCAGAUUUCAGAGUAUUUGCCAUCAAAAGCCGACGUCACAGAGACCCUUGGACGGUUGAAUCCUUUGCAAAGCAGCACUGAUGAUGUUGUUGGAUACGCUCCUAGCGAGCCAGUAUUUGCAGGAGAAAGCACAUCUUACUUUGUUCCCGUCGUUAACAACUCUGAUCCUCAAGUCCCCAAAUCUCAUGAAAUCGUCAUUCUCUUGGCUAGUGAUGGCUACACUACAGGCAAGAACGGUCAUAGCACUUUUGAUCAGUGUAUCGACAACCGUAUCGCCUAUGCCAAGCGCCACAAUUACGCAUUUGAGUUUGUGAACGUGUCCAACCUCGAUGUGCUUCCCGUAUGGGCGAAAAUGCCUGCCAUUAGACACGCCAUGAAGACGUAUCCUGACUCCAAGUGGGUUUGGUGGCUUGACCAGGACGCGUUAAUCAUGAACAUGAAUGCCUCCUUACAAGAUGUUCUUCUUUCUCCCGCCUCCCUCCAAAAGCAACUGCUCACAAACCAUCCGUUCAAGACGAGUGGCGGUGAGCUCUUAAACCACAAUUCACCCGCUUCUUAUUCCAUGAGUGACAUCGAAGAUGUUCAGCUUAUUAUUGCUCAAGAUCAUAACGGUCUGAACGCUGGAAGUUUCUUCAUCCGUAACACCCCUCUGAUGCGUAUGCUCUUGGACUUCUGGGAAGAAGCUAGCUUCCGCGAGAACAAAGUCGCUCCUAACGAACAAGCACUUCUCUGUUACUUCGUUCGUCACCAUCCCGAGAUUGCAAGCCACGUUGGACUUGUUGAGCAGCGACUUAUCAAUGCCUACCCCCAAGGUUACAACAUGGACUGGCGUCCUGGAGAUCUGGUUGUCCACUUGGCUGGCUGCUGGGUCGAAAACCAUUGUGAAGAGUGGUGGAACAAGUUUCACGCAAUUGUUGCGAAGGAAAUGUAAAAAACCAGAAAAAUAAUCAUAAAACCUUAGUCUUUUUGGAGUGCGACGUCUUCUGUUUCGCCUUAAAUCUUUCUGUCUGCGUUCACGUCCCUUUGUAUCUAUUAUUUUUCACGGAGCAGACCUAACUAACUGGCUUUUACUGGGUGCAUAUACAUCUUUCCCCCUUCAAUUUAUUAUUUUCGAAGCUCGCCUCCCCUCUAGUCCCUGUUGUCUGCUUGAUUGGUUUUGUGCUUUUGUUUGUUUACGACCUCUUUAUCACAGUUUCUCAAUUUUUCGCGCGCUCGUUCUACACCUGUGUUUUCGUAAUCGAUAAUAUGCAGUCAAACACUUGAAGCCACUGAUAAAUUACAAAUGUGAAACCUACGAGGUGGUGCUGCGUAAAUUGAAAGAGUAUUUUUUUUUACCUUCAUUUUACUAUUAAUAAACGUCUGUAUUGAUGGUAUGAAGAGUGUGUGUGACAACUAGAUUCAUUUUCGGC